AUGUAUGUGACCUCUACCAUUGUAAAUAGGGGGAAAAAGCAAGCAGAAGGCAAAAAGGAAGAACACAAAGAAGAAGAAGAAGAAGAAGAAGAAGAAGAAGAAGAAGAAGAAGAAGAAGAAAAAGAAGAAGAAGAAGAAAAAGAAGAAAAAGGAGGAGAAGAAGAAAAAGAAGAAGAAGAAGAAGAAGAAGAAGAAGAAGAAGAAAAAGGAGGAGAAGAAGAAAAAGAAGAAGAAGAAGAAGAAAAAGAAGAAGAAGAGCUAGAAGAAGAGGAAUAUAAGCAAGAGCAAGAGCAAGAGCAAGACGAUGAAGACGAAGAAGACGAGGAAGACGAAGAAGUAUAGGAAGAAGUGUAGGAAGAAGUAUAGGAAGAAAAAUAGGAAGAAGAAUAGGAAGAAGAAUAGGAAGAAGAAUAGGAAGAAGAAUAGAAAGAAGAAGAAGAAGGAAAAGGAGAAGAAGAAGAAAAAAAACAAGAAGAAUAAUAAGAACAAGAACAAGAACAAGAACAAGAACAAGAACAAGAACAAGAACAAAGCAAGAACAAGAACAAGAACAAGAACAAGAACAAGAACAAGAACAAGAACAAGAACAAGAACAAGAACAGGAGCAAGAACAGGAACAAGAACAGGAACACGAACUGGAACAGGAACAGGAACAAGAACAGGAACAGGAACAAGAACAAAAA